CCGCCAUCUUCAAUUUUAAAUGUUUGUUUUCUCUGACGUUUAAACUAAUGGUAUUUCUAUUUGUUCAGACCUCGGAUUGCAGGAUGAAUCACGUAAUAGUACAAACGCUUGAAUAACAAAGUCCAGAAUGCAUAGUGCUAAAUUCUUGUCUAUAUCAACAGAAGAUUAAACCACGCUAGCCUCCCCUCAUCCUCACUCUGCAGAUCUUCAAGCACAGAUUAGAGUAUAUGCGCCUUACUCUGGCGUAAUGAAGUAGAUGGGGGAAUCAAAGAACAUGGUGUUGAAUGGCAGGCGGCAUGGCAGCAGAUUCUCCAGUGAUCUAUCCAUAACCUCGGCCAGGUCGCUGCGACAGAGCAAGGGCUCCUUUAGAAGCAGGAGAUGUAGUCGACGUGUCAGCAGUUCUGCCCUAGAGGCAGAGAGACGUCAUACCCCAUCAUCUGGUAUGACUGCAAAGGAGCUCUGUGAGAAUGAUGACUUGACUACAAGCCUUAUUCUAGACCCCUACCUUGGCUUCCAGACCCAUAAGAUGAAUAGGAGGUUUCGACCCGUCAAGGACCGACAUAGACAUUUGAAGGAGGUGCUAGAGUGCUUUAAAAAACAUGACAACCUUGAGAAGGCCUUCCAUGCCUUGACUGCAGGGGACUGGUCAAGACACCACUUUCCGCACAAGACGAAGGCACAGGGCAAACUCUUCAAAGAGCAUGUUUUUGUUUACCUACGAAUGUUUGCAACUAACAGUGGGUUUGAAAUACUUCCUUGCAAUCGUUAUUCCUCUGAGCAGAAUGGAGCCAAAAUUGUAGCAACAAAAGACUGGAAAACCAAUGAUAAGAUAGAAUACCUGGUGGGCUGCAUCGCUGAGCUAUCGCAGAAUGAGGAAAGUGUGUUACUGCGACAUGGAGAAAAUGACUUCAGUGUGAUGUACUCCACCCGCAAGAACUGUGCUCAACUGUGGCUGGGACCUGCAGCCUUCAUCAACCAUGAUUGCAGGCCAAAUUGCAAGUUUGUUUCCACUGGGCGAGAUACAGCUUGUGUCAAGGUUCUUGGGGAUAUUGAACCCGGGGAAGAGAUCUCCUGUUAUUAUGGAGAUGGCUUCUUUGGAGAAAAUAAUGAACUAUGUGAAUGUUACACAUGUGAAAGACGAGGUGCUGGUGCUUUCAAAUCGAAGACUGGACAGCCUACACCCACUCCAAUUAUCAACAGCAUGUAUGGCCUGAGAGAGACAGACAAACGUCUCAAUCGGCUGAAGAAACUAGAAGACAGCAAAUGCUCUGGCAGUCAGUUGGAAGGCUCUAAUAUGGAUCCAGACUCUCAGGAAAAUCAUGACACACAUCCAUCAGUAGGGAGGACAGCCCGCUCUAGUGUGACAAGGCUCAGUGACGCACAAGCUCUAAGCAGGCAAACUCUGUCCAAAAUGCCUAUCCCUACCUCAUCGUUCAAUCAAAGACACUCAAAGAACUCCAACGUGCCAAAGAGGCUAAAAUCAAAGUCCAUAAAGCCUUUGCUCAAGUUAGGAAGAAGGUGUCAGGUAACUGCCCACAAGUGCCCCAUUGAGGUGGAAGCUAUGGGUUUGUGCCUUAAGGACCCCACAAAAUGUGUCAAUAACAGGGUCUCACAAAAGAGAGAGAUGGAUAAGAAAGGGCCCGUGCAAGUGGUGCGAACAAGGGGUGGUCUUGGGCACUAUACUGCGAAGGAAAACCAUCAGAAAUCAGUGAAAGAUGUUAGUAGGUGCCCUGAUGGUUUAGCAUGCACUCACAGAACUCGCAGUUCAACCAGAUCAUCAGUUGGCACACAGGAGUCUGACAACAUUAAACUUGAACCAAACUUGCCACCCAUCCACUGCGUUGUGGUUAGUAAGACGAAGCCUAUGGACCUUGGUGAUUGUGUCACAGACAGUCACUGGAUGAACAGCUCAAGCCUGGAUAUCAGCUGUCCAAAGACGGAGAACUGUCCCAGAUAUAAGCAAAUUAUAAAGCAGGAAGAGCACUCUUUCCGACCAGCAUCCCUUCUCAAGGAGGAGGUUUCAGACCUGCACCAUCCAGCCUGUACCACAGACAGAGCUGAUGGCAGGAAAGAACUGCAAGGCCUGCCUGAUGGUCAUGAGCCCUACAACCUGUCUAAGGGAGACAAGCUUCUCCACCUUGGCAAGGGGAAGAAGAAACAGCAGAUUACGCGCUAUGAUUCCCAGCUGAUCCUAGCCAACAACAACUCAGGUGUCCCCAAAUUGACCCUGCGGAGACGGAGGGACAGCAGCAGCAGUAGGAUUGAGCCUGGUGAGGCAGACCCUGUCAAGUCCUCCAGCUCCACAAAGACCAGCAUGAAAUUUGGCAAGGACCAUCAUGCAAAGACCAAGAGGAGCUCUUAUGCAGCCAGACUGAGUAAUGGGACUUUCAGUCCUGUGGACCACAUCCGCUCCUCCAAACAUGGCCUCAGUCCUGUGGACCACAUCCGCUCCUCCAAACAUGGCCUCAGUCCUGUGGACCACAUCCGCUCCUCCAAACAUGGCCUCAGUCCUGUGGACCACAUCCGCUCCUCCAAACAUGGCCUCAGUCCUGUGGACCACAUCCGCUCCUCCAAACAUGGCCUCGGUCCUGUGGACCACAUCCGCUCCUCCAAACAUGGCCUCGGUCCUGUGGACCACAUCCGCUCCUCCAAACAUGGCCUCGGUCCUGUGGACCACAUCCGCUCCUCCAAACAUGGCCUCGGUCCUGUGGACCACAUCCGCUCCUCCAAACAUGGCCUCGGUCCUGUGGACCACAUCCGCUCCUCCAAACUGCAGAUUCAGCUGCAGCGUGAGCAGGACAGCAGGAGACUCAGCCAGUAUCACCAUGGUACUGGGCCCUUCACGGGUAUAGUAGAGAGGGAAGCAGGGGAGGUCUUUGGGCCGACUGUAGCAACAUUUGGGAUGCAUGAUGACACAGAGGAAGACUCGUCCUCCUCUGAAGAAGAGGAUGAAGACGACGUCUCUGACUCUGACCAUGAAGAGUUUGACGAUUUCAUUCCACUUCCACCAACAAAACGCCUCCGACUUAUUGUUGGUAAAGACUCUAUAGAUAUUGAUAUUGCAUCAAGGAGACGUGAAAAUCAGUCACGCACAGUCAAUGCAUGAGCUUUAUGGAUCUUUAUUUGACUAGUUGAUUUAAGUCAACAAAACAAAAAAAUCCCAUGCUGUUGUAAAAUGUUAACUAUUUUUGUACAUGAUGGAACUUGAUUUGUUAUUCAUAUAGUAGAAUGUGUAUAUUUUACAUAGCAUACAAUGUGUAGGCCUUUAUUUUUAUAUCUUCAGCUUUAUUUUGUACAAUUGUUAAUUAUAUUUAAAGCCUUUUCUUGUUUGUGGGGUAAACAUGCUAAAUUUUGCUUCACUGACAUUCACAAGAAUGGAACCUUUUGGGAACACACAUGAUGUGCUUUUGUCCGCAUGGCAGUGUAUACAUGCAUAUAAAAUAAUGUGUUUUAUAUAUUGUUUUGAGAGUUUGAAAGGAACCGAAUUGUUUCUUGCUGGAAGUCUGUGAAAAUGUGUUUGACUUCCAGUGAUUCCUGGGAGCUGGUCUGUGACAUUUUUGCCCCGUUUUUAAUAUUUCAUUCAUUAAUCAAAAUGUCUUGGUGAUUUAUAUAUUAUAUUAACUUUUCAGUUUGUGAAGAGAUGGAUUGUCUGUUUAUUCUAUUCAUUUCACAAAGUCACUCAAUUCUCAAACUAUCACUUCUCAGUCUCCGUGUAACAAUCACAAAUUCAUUACCAAUGCCAGACCAAGUAAGUUGUAAUGUAGAUAUUCAAACACUUUGAAAAUCAGAAGUUUUUCUUACUUUGCUAUUUUGUUCACCAUUUUGUUCAUCUGAAUGACUUUGUCUGCUGUGCGUGAAUGAUGUGCAUGUCUCAACUUCUUAAAUUGCUCUAUCAUUUUUUUUAUACGAGGUUGAUUUUAAAGUCGGUUGUACAACUUUGGUGGACCUGUCACUGUAUGCUGUCAUACGUAGGCUACUGUCUGUGGUCUUGAUUAAGCUACACUACAUGGCCAAAAGUAUGUGGACACCUGCUCGUCGAACAUCUCAUUCCAAAAUCAUGGGCAUUAAUAUGGAGUUGGUCCCUCCUUUGCUGCUAUAACAGCCUCCACUCUUCUGGGAAGGCUUUCCACAAGAUGUUAGGAACAUUACUGCGAGGACUUUCGUUCGGGGUUCCAAUUCAUCCCAAAGGUGUUCGAAGGGGUUGAGGUCAGGACUCUGUGCAGGCCAGUCAACUUCUUACACACCAAUCUUGACAAACCAUUUCUGUAUGGACCUUGCUUUGUGCAUGGGGGCAUUGUCGUGUUGAAACAGGAAAAUACCUUCCUCAAACUGUUUCCACAAAGAUGGAAGCACAGAAUCGUCAAGAAUGUCAUUGUAUGCUGUAGCGUUAAGAUUUCCCUUCACUGGAACUGAGGGGCCUAGCCCGAAUCAUGGAAAAACAGCCCCAGACCAUUAUUCCUCCUCCACCAAACUUUACAGUUGGGACUAUGCAUUCGGGCAGGUAGCGUUUUCCUGGCAUCCGCCAAACCCACGUUCGUCCGUUGGACUGCCAGUUGGUGAAGCGUGAUUCAUCACUCCAGAGAACACGUUUCCACUGCUCCAGAGUCCAAUGGCAGCAAGCUCUACACCACUCCAGCCGACGCUUGGCGUUGCACCUGGUGAUCUUAGGCAUGUGUGCGGCUGCUCGGCAAUGGAAACCCAUUUCAUGAUUCUCCUGACAAAAAGUUAUUGUGCUUCCAAAGGCAGUUUGGAACUCGGUAGUCAGUUUUGCAACCGAGGAGAUACUAUUUUUAUGCGCUUCAGCACUCAGCAGUCCCAUUCUGUGAGCUUGUAUGGCCUAUCACUUUGCAAUUGUUGCUUCUAGACAUUUCCACUUCACAAUAACAGCACUUACAGUUGCCCGGGGAAGCUCUAGUAGGGCAGAAAUUUGAUUAAAUGACUUGUUGGAAAGGUGGCAUCCUAUGACAGUGCCAUGUUGAAAGUCACUGAGCUCUUCAGUACGGGCCAUUCUACUGGCAAUGUUUGUCUAUGGAGAUUGCAUGGCUGUGCUCAAUUUUAUUCACCUGUCAGCAACGGGUGUGGCUGAAAUAGCCAAAUCCACUAUUUUGAAGGGGUGUCCACAUACUUUUGGCCAUGUAGUGUACCUUUUUGAGUUGCUUGUAUAAUGUUGAGAAUUACAGUUGAAUUUCAUAAACAUGGCUGUGCAUUCUAUAACUUAAUGUAUGUAAUUCUUCACAUUUAUCUCCAUGUUUAAUUGUUUUUCUACCUCAGAAAAAAACUGUACUAAACGUGUCCUUAUUUCUGGUGAAUGUAGUUUAUAUAAUGCAAAUCACAAAUGCUUGUUUUUUAUUUUACAGUUUGAGUACUCAAAUUAAAGCUUUCUUCCAAGUG